UAUUUCUGAGGAGGAGCAGCCGUCCUGCUGUGCUUUGUGUCAGGACGUCUUGAAGUAUCCGGUCUCUACCAGCUGUGGACACUGGUUCUGCAGACAGUGCAUCACCUCAUACUGGGACCAGUCUGCUUCACCAGGAGACUCCUCCUGUCCCCAGUGUGGAGAAAGAUCCAGAACUGGACUGCAGUCAGCCAGUGAGACCAGCACUGUACAAGCUGGUGGUCUGCGGGAGGUUUUAGAUGAACAUAAGAUCAGUCUGAAGAGGAGAUGUGAACAUGUGACUGAAGGAAGUGAUGGAACAGGAAGUGGAACCCUCCUCAACAGGAUCUACACUGAGCUCUACAUCACAGAGGGACAGAGUGAAGAGGUUAAUACCCAACAUGAGGUGAGGCAGCUGGAGACAGCUUCCAAGAUGGAGGCCCUCCAUGACACUCCAAUCAAGUGCCAGGACAUCUUUAAAGCCUUACCUGACCAACAGGGACACAUCAGAGUGGUUCUGACGAAUGGCGUCGCUGGCGUUGGAAAAACCUUCUUGGUGCAGAAGUUCAGUCUGGACUGGGCAGAGGGUUUGGAGAACCAAGAUGUCAGUUUGGUGGUUCUGCUUUCGUUCAGGGAGCUGAACUUGAUCAGAGAUGAGCAGUACAGUCUUCUGGAGCUGCUCCAUGUUUUCCAUCCAACAUUACAGAAGGUCACAGCAGAGAAGCUCGCCGUCUGUAAACUUCUGUUCAUCUUUGACGGCCUGGAUGAAAGCAGACUUUCUCUGGAUUUCAACAACAAGGAGGUUGUGUCUGAUGUGACACAGAAGUCAUCGGUCAACGUGCUGCUGACAAACCUCAUCGAGGGGAAUCUGCUUGCCUCGGCUCUCGUCUGGAUAACUUCCCGACCCGCGGCAGCCAAUCAGAUCCCUCCUGCAUGUGUUGACAGGGUGACAGAAGUACGAGGCUUCACUGAUGCCCAGAAGGAGGAGUACUUCAGGAGGAGGGUCAGUGAUGAAGAGCGGUCCAGCAGAAUCAUCUCACACAUCCAGACAUCCAGGAGCCUCCACAUCAUGUGUCUGAUCCCAGUCUUCUGCUGGAUCACUGCUACAGUUCUGGACCACAUGUUGACUAAAGAGCAGAGAGGAGAGCUGCCCAAGACCCUGACUGACCUGUACUCACACUUCCUGCUGGUUCAGACCAAGAAGAAGAAGCAGAAGUAUGAUGAGGGACAUAAGAAAAGGCCAAACAAGCUGACCAAGGCUGACAGAGAAGUUCUUCUGAAUCUGGGGAGGCUGGCGUUUGAACAGCUGCAGGAAGGAAACAUCAUGUUCUACCAAGAAGACCUGGAGCGCUGUGGUCUCAGUGUCACAGAGGCCUCGGUGUACUCAGGAGUUUGUACAGAGAUCUUCAAAAGAGAGAGUGUGAUCUUCCAGAAAACAGUCUACUGCUUCGUUCAUCUGAGCGUUCAGGAGUUUCUGGCUGCAGUCUACCUGUUCCACUCUUACACCACCAGGAACACAAAGGUACUGAGGGCUUUCUUUGGGAGCAACUGGGACAAUGACGGCAGUGAUGACGAAGGUUCCUUGUUCCUGAAGAGGAUCAAAAGGAGAGUCCUGGGGAAAGGCCCAUCCCUGGGUGUCUUCCUGAGGAGAGCCAUGGAGAAAUCCCUAGAAAGUAAAAAUGGCCAUCUGGACCUGUUUGUCCGCUUCCUCCACGGCCUCUCUCUGAAGUCCAACCAGAGACUGUUAGGAGGCCUGCUGGGUCAGACAGACAACAGUCCAGGAAUCAUCCAGAGAGCCAUUAAUAACCUGAAGGAGAUGAACACUGAUGAGAUCUCUCCUGACAGAAGCAUUAACAUCUUCCACUGUCUGACGGAGAUGAACGACCUCUCAGUACAUCAGGAGAUCCAAGAGUUCCUAAAGUCAGAGAACAGAUCAAAGAAAGAACUCUCUGAGAUCCAGUGCUCAGCUCUGGCCUACAUGCUGCAGAUGUCAGAGGAGGUUCUGGAUGAGUUGGACCUGACGAAGUACAGCACAUCAGACCAGGGAAAACAGAGACUGAUUCCAGCUGUGAGGAACUGCAGAAAGGCUCGGCUUUCUGGCUGUGGACUCUCAAAGAAUCACUGUGAAUUUUUUGCCUCAGCUCUGAAGUCCAACCCCACCCAUCUGAGAGAGCUCGACCUGAGUGACAACAACCUGGAGGAUUCAGGAGUGAAGCAGCUGUGUGAAGGACUUCAGAGUCCAAACUGUAAACUGGAGACUCUGAGAUUGUGGGACUGCAAUUUAUCAGAGAUCAGCUGUGCUUCUCUGGCCUCAGCUCUGAAGUCCAACCCCUCCCAUCUGAGAGAGCUGGACCUGAGUAGCAACAAGCUGCAGGAUUCAGGAGUGAAGCAGCUGUGUGAUUUUCUGGAGAGUCCACACUGCAGACUGGAGACUCUGAGAUUUAGGGGCUGCAGUUUGUCAGAGACCAGCUGUGCUUCUCUGGCCUCAGCUCUGAAGUCCAACCCCUCCCAUCUGAGAGAGCUGGACCUGAGUCACAACAAGCUGCAGGAUUCAGGAGUGAAGCAGCUGUGUGAUUUUCUGGAGAGUCCACACUGCAGACUGGAGACUCUGAGGAUUUCUGGCUGUGGACUCUCAACGACUCACUGUGAAGUCAUUGCCUCAGCUCUGAAGUCCAACCCCUCCCAUCUGAGAGAGCUGGACCUGAGUUACAACAACCUGCAGGAUUCAGGAGUUAAGCUGCUGUGUGAUUUUCUGGAGAGUCCACACUGCAGACUGGAGACUCUGAGGAUCAAUGACAGGAUGAUCAGAGCUGAGGAACCAAAACAAUAUGACGCUGAUUACAAACGGGAUGUGAAAACAAACCUGCCUGAGGAUGACAUAAAGGCUCCAUUAUCCUUCUCACCUGAACUCACAUCUAGAGCUUCAUACAGGUUCAUGUGUCCUGGUCCAGGUGUGUUCCAGUGUGAUUUGACUGGACUGGUGUUUGUUAUGGCUCAGGAGGCGGAGCUGCUGUACAGGACUGUCCAAUGGGAUCAGAGCCUCCUCCAAUCAGCUGGCAAGCAGGCUGCAGGGCUGCUGUUCGACAUCAAGAGUUCUGAGGACUCUGCUGUCCUUCAGCUCCACCUCCCACACUGUGAAACAAAGGAAGCGUUGCUCUUUGACGGCCUGCUGUCUGUCGUCCACAUCACUGAUGAUGGAAUGAGCAUCUUGGAGCCGCUGGAGAUCACAGACACUCAUGUGGUUGUGAAGGUCCCUCACCUCUCUGUCUUUGGCCUGAUCUGGGAUAUCGUCAAAAGGUUUCUGAGCAUCUCACUGCCAAUAAAGGGCCAAGUUCUGCUGUUCCUCCGACCUCCUUAUGAAGAGGAUCGAAUACUCGACGUAUUUCUGCUGCAGGAAAACAUCCCUGUGGAAGAGGUUCAACAAAAAGAAAAAGGCACUAAGUUCAUCCCGAUCUCCUCCGACUGUCAUCUGAGCUUUGGUCAAAGUUACAGUGUCCACUGUGAACCUGAGGGCUUCCACAUACAGCCGAAGUGUAAACCAUUUGAGUCGAGGUGUGGACCAAAUUUCCAUCGAACAUUUGAAGUUUUCCUGACUACAAACACAAAGAGAGUGUUUGUGAAAGUCCAGGACCAAGAGGGGAACGUAGUCUGGGAAGGUCGAGUGUUACUGACAGGUCCAAGAGGGGAAGUUAGACAGAGAAAUGUCCCAGCAGAGGACAGAGUCCCGGCAGAGGACAGAGUCCCAGCAGAGGACAGAGUCCCAGCAGAGGACAGAAUCCCAUCAGAGGACAGAGUCCCAGCUGACCAGAAACUGGGCGGAGCUGUUCGGACAGAGUUUGUUAAAAGAGUGUCUGAUGCGAAUCUGAACCUUCUCUUGGAUAAACUUUAUGAGCGUGGCGUGAUAAGUUAUGGUGAAAUGCAGUCCGCCGCAUCAAAACCCCAACUAGACAAAGCACGAGACAUGAUUGACGCGGUGCGAAGAAAGGGAGCUGAAGCCAGUUCAGUUCUGAUCGCUGCUCUCCGUGAGGUGGAUCCACGUCUUUCCAGAGUGCUGAAGUUGAGCUGAAGCAGAAGAGAAGAAACUGUGGUGAUGAAUCUCUGGUACAGCUGAGUGUUACCAGAGCUUGUCAUAUUUAAAUGAGAAGUUUUUGGAAAGCGAUCAAACUUGGACUACAUUGGAUGACUGUUGAGCAGCGACACAAUUCUAUUAACAGACAAAUGUUUUGCUGUUAUUAACACAAAGAAGCCUUUUUAUAUGACUGUGGCUGAUCAAAAGGAGUUUAAAGCCAAUGAAAAGAGAGAACCAGACAGAUUAUGAUCCUUUGGUUCUUGACAAAUGUAAAAGCCUCAAAUAAGUAGCUACUGAUCCUCCUCUAAAGACCACUCCGAGAACAAUCCCCUUUGUGUUUUAAACAUUGUCUCUACAUUUUAAAGUUUUAUUCUGAAUGUCAGAUGGUUACACGUAGUAUCUUUGUCAACACACAACGUCAAAAUAUCAGUGGAAUCAAAGGAAGAUCAAGUAUUUAGACCUUUUCAGCGUCUUUGUGUUAAACGACUCAGGUGAAUUCUUACUAAUCACGUUUUCAUUGACUUUUAACAUUUUUACAUUUUUCUUUGCUUACAUGAAGGGAAAACGCAGAUAUUUCCAUGCGGUUUGGCCUCUCAUUUACACGAAAACCCUGUUUUUAUCACAGAAAACAAUUAUUUUUAAAAACUCGUAUGUUCAACGUACAACUUAUGUGUUGUCGUGUCAACUGGGAGAAACGGGGUUUGAGGUUCUCACGCUCAUUCUAUCUAGUUGUUUUGAAAGGAACAGGAAGUCGCUCGUGUUAUUCAUUGUUGUUGAUUCUGAGGAUUCUGAUUGGCUUGCAUGGCGUUAUCCUUCUCCCUACACUGCCGCCCAGAGGUUUGGCAUACCGUAUUUCCUCAAUUUAAAGCAGGGCCCCUAUUAAUGACCGGCCUCAUUUAGUAACCGGGUGUAAAAGCAAUUUUUACUAAAUAAAAGCCGGCCUCUUUUAUAAGCCGGGUGUCUUACCGGUGUUAAAGUCUGUUCCCCCGGCGAUAUGUGUCCCCCUUACCUUAACCUGCACCAACCUGACCCCUGACCCCAACCAGUCCUCCUUUAAGUUGUUAACAUGAGCCCAAGUUUACCUGAACCCCAAACAGUUCUCUCUACAAGGCCUCACCUUAAACUGAAAUCCUAACUCCAACCAGGAGGUGAUGCUACGGAGAACACCAUUCAGGAAACAUCAUUUGACGGUAACAGAUUUCUGUAUUUAGAAGUUUGGCCACACGAGUUAGUCCUGUAGGUAAAUAUGGUUGUUUCUCCUGCUGUCCUAGUCAUUCUCUGUAAAGUCCAGCCGUUUACGCACGUUCUUCUGGGCUUUUUACUAGUUUAGACAUUUUAAAUCCUGUUAAAAGGAACAUUCAGCUGUUUAUUGUUUGUUUACAUCCCAGUACUUCCAAUAUGGCCGACAUCCGGGUAACUGGCUCCAAUGUGCUGUGUAAAACACUCUAAAAAGUGCCAGUCAGAGCUGCUCUGAUUUUCUUUUUUUGAAUAAAAGCCUCCUUCAAAUAAUAGCCUGCCCCUAUUAUUAGCCGGGUCCCAAACUGAUUUUUUAUUAAUAGAAGCCCCGGCUACUAUUUGAGGAAAUACGGUAGUUAUAAUGGCGCUCGACGGCGUAUUUAUGCGGGUUGAUGUAAAUGACAACUUUUUUGAAAACGAUGAUGUGUGCACAAUGUUAUUUUUGAAAACGGAGGAGGAGAAUAUUUGUUUCUCUAAAUAACUGCUAUGUAUAAACGUGGCCUGAAUGAAUGGUUGGUUUCUGUUUCAGAGGGAGGGGUUAAGUUCAGUCUGGUUUGGUCAUUUGUUUCUUUUCUUUGGCACAACCACAUGCCCCAUCCUCCCUCACCUUCUCAGAGCCUUAGUUUGUAUUUGUAUUGAGCUCACUGAAUAAACUACUUUAACACUUUUAA